CAUUGUUUCUAGGAGAACCUGCGUCAUACCUUUAUCUAGAGCCUUCCCCUAGGUCUUCAGAAGCAUCAAGUUUUAACUGUGGACAUUGGAUUUGGUGGAACAGCAAUCAUGACUGUGGGCAAGAGUAGCAAGAUGCUGCAGCACAUUGACUAUAGAAUGAGAUGCAUCCUACAAGAUGGCCGAAUCUUCAUUGGCACCUUUAAGGCUUUUGACAAGCAUAUGAAUUUGAUCCUUUGUGAUUGUGAUGAGUUCAGAAAGAUCAAGCCAAAGAAUGCGAAGCAACCAGAGCGUGAAGAAAAGCGGGUUUUGGGUCUGGUGUUGCUACGUGGGGAGAACUUGGUAUCCAUGACUGUGGAAGGGUCACCCCCCAAAGAUACUGGCAUUGCUCGGGUACCACUUGCUGGAGCUGCAGGAGGCCCUGGGGUUGGUAGGGCAGCUGGUCGAGGAGUACCAGCUGGUGUGCCAAUUCCCCAGGCCCCUGCUGGAUUAGCAGGCCCUGUCCGAGGAGUUGGAGGCCCGUCCCAGCAGGUAAUGACUCCACAGGGAAGAGGCACUGUAGCAGCUGCUGCUGUUGCUGCGACUGCCAGCAUUGCAGGAGCCCCAACACAGUAUCCACCAGGACGGGGGACUCCGCCCGCACCUGUCGGGAGAGCAACCCCACCUCCAGGCCUUAUGGCUCCACCACCUGGUAUGAGACCACCCAUGGGCCCACCAAUUGGGCUUCCCCCUGCUCGAGGGACGCCAAUAGGUAUGCCCCCUCCGGGAAUGAGACCCCCUCCAUCAGGCAUUAGAGGUCCACCUCCCCCAGGAAUGCGUCCACCAAGACCCUAGCAUACUGUUGAUCCAUCUCAGUCUCUCUCUCCCCUGCAAUGCGUCUUCUGAAAUUGUGUAGAGUGUUUGUGAGCUUUUUGUCCCCUUGUUCUGCAUUAAUAAUAGCUAAUAAUAAAUGCAUAGAGCAAUAAAA